AUGACCAGGUAUUCCCCCGAUAGUGAGGCACCAGCGGUCAUCGUCUUGACUUUGUUCUUGAUGGUGACUUCGGUCCUGGGCUCGCUGGCAAGACUCGGGACCAAAUGGUGGAAAUUUGGCAGUCUCUUUCUGGAUGACUACUACAUCCUCCUUGCCCUGCUCAUGUCAAUCGCUCAAUCAGUGGCCGUUUCAAUGGCCGUCAAGAAUGGCUACGGAGGACAUUUGACAAGGUUGAGUGAUUCAAAAGUUGACAGUAUCAUGAAGUCGCAAUACGCCGCUACAUUCUUUUACAUCCUCGCCAUCGGCUUCUCGCAGCUCGCCUUUCUCUGCUUUGUCCAGCACCUGACGCCAACCUCUCGGAGCCGGGUGAUGUUUCUCGCUCUGCAGAUCAUCAUCGCUGUCUGGGCAAUAUCGGCGGUCUUUGCAUCCGCGUUCCAGUGCCAUCCACGUCGAUGGGACUAUCUACACGGUAGUUGUUACGAUCGAAAAGCAUUCUUCGUCUACCUAGGGGUUUCGAACAUCCUCACCGACGUGGCCAUCAUUGCGCAGGCGGUCCAGGUGAUUGCCAUUGUACAGACGACCUGGAAGAGAAAAGCCAAUAUCAUGGCUGUCUUUCUGUUUCGCGUGAUCGUCCCUGGAGCAUUGAUGGCCCAAGUCUAUUUCAUAGAUUGCACCAUCAACUCGUCCGAUGCCACGUCCGAUACCUGGUCGGUCACCGUUGCCUCCCAGUUGGUGCAGUGCCUGAGCAUAGUGACGGCCAGCGCACCGCAGUUUAUCCCCUUCCUCAAGCAACUCCAGUCCACGGGCAUGAGACUCGACGGCAUAACUCGCUACACGCUUUCCAGCCAUCAUAAAUCGGCCCGCAGCAGGUACUACCUCUCGACCGAUCGAAGACGUACUGGCAAUGAGUCCACCCAUGAACUCGAUAAUAUCCCCUUGGCGACAACCAAAACAGUGGUUACAUCGAACAUAAAUGGCUCGGAAGAUGACCAUGAUAAUGAGAGUCAGUCAAGUCAGACCGGCAUCAUCCGCGAGACUCGGACAUGGACGGUGACAGAGGAGCAUACAUAUCUGCCCGGUCACAACGGAUGA